UUUAAUUUAAAAGUAGGUUAACGCGACGAACUGGAAAAUGAAAAUCCCCAGUUUUGGUGACGUUGUUUUGUGUCAAGUGGGCGUUUGCAGCUAAACCGCCCCUUUUUCUCACAAAGCCGGGCUGUUUUCAGGAGCUGUCAAAAUGACGGAUUCCAAGUACUUUACAACGACCAAAAAAGGCGAAAUCUUCGAAUUGAAGUCCGAAUUGAACAAUGACAAGAAGGAGAAGAAGAAGGAAGCCGUCAAGAAGGUCAUCGCCUCCAUGACCGUGGGCAAAGACGUCUCGGCGCUCUUCCCCGACGUGGUCAAUUGCAUGCAAACCGAUAACCUCGAGCUGAAAAAGCUCGUCUACUUGUAUCUGAUGAACUACGCGAAGUCGCAGCCGGAUAUGGCCAUAAUGGCCGUGAACACGUUUGUGAAGGAUUUGCCUGCAUCUCAGCUAGUCAAGGACUGCGAGGACCCCAAUCCGCUGAUCCGGGCGUUGGCCGUGCGCACGAUGGGCUGCAUCCGCGUCGAUAAGAUCACCGAGUACUUGUGCGAGCCGCUGAGGAAGUGUCUCAAGGACGAGGACCCCUACGUUCGCAAAACGGCAGCCGUGUGUGUGGCCAAACUGUACGACAUCUCGUCAGGUGGUGGGCUUGUGGAAGACCAGGGGUUUUUGGAGCAGUUGAAGGAGUUGCUGAGUGACUCCAACCCCAUGGUGGUGGCCAAUGCGGUGGCGGCCUUGUCCGAAAUUAACGAGAGCAGCCCCACGGGACAGCCCCUUGUCGAGCUCAACCAUGCCACAAUAAAUAAACUUUUGACCGCUUUGAACGAAUGCACCGAAUGGGGCCAAGUCUUUAUCCUCGACUCUCUUUCCAACUACAACCCGAAAGACGAACGCGAAGCCCAAAGCAUUUGCGAACGUAUAACCCCCCGUUUAGCGCACGCAAACGCCGCCGUUGUCCUCUCAGCCGUUAAAGUUCUAAUGAAAAUGAUGGAAAUCCUAGCUGGAGAUACGGAAUUUUGCGCCACUUUGAGUAAAAAACUUGCACCACCUUUAGUAACCCUCCUAUCAUCCGAACCCGAAGUACAAUACGUCGCACUCCGUAACAUUAACCUAAUCGUUCAGAAAAAACCCGAUAUUCUCAAGCACGAAAUGAAGGUGUUUUUCGUCAAAUACAACGACCCGAUUUAUGUGAAAUUGGAGAAGUUGGAUAUUAUGAUACGUUUAGCGUCGCAGGCAAAUAUCGCGCAAGUUUUGAGCGAGCUAAAGGAGUAUGCGACUGAAGUUGAUGUUGAUUUUGUUCGGAAGGCUGUGAGAGCGAUUGGACGAUGUGCUAUUAAAGUGGAGCCAUCUGCCGAACGUUGUGUGUCGACACUUUUGGAUCUGAUUCAGACUAAGGUUAAUUACGUGGUGCAGGAGGCUAUUGUUGUGAUUAAGGAUAUUUUCCGGAAGUAUCCGAACAAGUACGAGAGUAUUAUUAGCACGCUUUGCGAGAAUUUGGACACUUUGGACGAGCCGGAGGCGAGGGCGAGCAUGGUUUGGAUCAUUGGUGAAUACGCCGAGCGUAUUGACAACGCCGACGAACUCCUCGACUCAUUCCUCGAAGGCUUCGCCGACGAAAACGCCCAAGUCCAGCUCCAACUCCUCACAGCAGUCGUCAAACUCUUCCUCAAACGUCCAGCUCACACCCAAGCCCUCGUCCAACACGUACUAAGUCUCGCAACACAAGAUUCCGACAAUCCUGACUUGCGAGACCGUGGUUUUAUUUAUUGGAGAUUAUUAAGUACUGAUCCAGCAGCCGCUAAAGAAGUGGUUUUAGCCGAUAAACCUCUAAUCUCUGAAGAGACCGAUUUACUUGAACCCACAUUACUCGACGAACUUAUUUGUCAUAUUUCAUCACUUGCAAGUGUCUACCAUAAACCACCAACCGCAUUCGUUGAGGGGCGAAGCGCCGGUAUUCGCAAAACACUUCCAGCAAGACAAGGCUCUGCCGAAAAUACCAACGCUCAAGAAGCUACAGUUAUACCAAAUCAAGAAUCACUAAUUGGUGAUUUGUUAUCGAUGGAUAUUGGCAGCACUGUUGCGCAGCCACAACCUGCAGCGCCCCCUACAAGUAAUGUUGAUUUGUUGGGGGGAGGACUAGAUGUUUUGCUAGGAGGUGGUCCCUCCGAUUUGGGCGUCGCCCCAUCAACCACCGGCCUAUUGGGCGACAUUUUCGGCUUAAGCUCCGCCCCCACCAUGUACACACCCCCCAAAACAUGCUGGUUACCAGCCGAUAAGGGCAAAGGCUUGGAAAUAAUGGGCACAUUUUCGCGACGUGCCGGUCAAAUCACCAUGGAUUUGAGUUGCACCAACAAAGCGAUGCAAGCAAUGAGUGGUUUUGCCAUUCAAUUCAAUAAGAAUAGUUUUGGGGUUGCGCCCGCAGCCCCCAUGAACAUGGGCACCCUCCAGCCGGGGCAAACGCUCGAAUACAACCUACCCUUGAAUACGAACGGACCCGUCCAACGCAUGGAACCGUUAACAACGCUCCAAGUUGCGAUUAAAAAUAACGUCGAUGUUUUUUAUUACGCGUGUCAGAUACCGAUUCAGGUGCUUUUUAUUGAAGAUGGUACGUUGGAUAAGCGCGUGUUUUUGACCACUUGGCGCGAUAUUCCCUCGGCCAAUGAGGUGCAAUAUACGUUGAACGAUCUCAAAGGUAACUCGGAUGCGAUUUCGGCGAAAAUGACACAUAAUAAUAUUUUUACGAUUGCGAAACGUAACGUCGAAGGUCAAGACAUGUUGUAUCAAUCGUUGAAAUUGACGAAUAAUAUUUGGGUUUUGUUGGAACUGAAAUUACAACCAGGAGUUAAUCAUGCAACGUUGAGUCUCAAGUCGAGGUCGGUGGAAGUGGCACCGUUUGUUUUUCAAGCGUAUGAUGCCAUUAUUAAGAAUACAUAAGUUAGAUAAGUGUGAGGUUUGUCAUUCCAUGUUAACACUAUUUUAUGGUUAUGUUAUAGGAUAGCCGUUUAAAUAUAUGAUAUGUAACGAAACGAAA